AUUAAUGUAGUUCCAUGUGCACAUUUCCUCAUUUGUUGGAGUCUUGGAGACCUCAAGUGCCGGAAAAUGCCAAAAUGGGUUUCAUCCGUUUGUUUUCACCUUAUCUUUGUGACUUUGUCUCCCAAUUCCCCAAACCCAAUCACUCAAUCUCUCAGCACGUCUUUUCCGACCUUAUUAUUGUGCUUGUAGUUGUGGGUUUUGAUAAUUGCCCAAAUCAACUGUACCAGUUAUUCAAUUGGGAAGUUGGGAUUUGAAGAAAUGGGCAAGAAGAAGAAGGAAUUCAUCCGAUUAGACCGUGAAUCAGUAAUUCCCAUUUCCAAGCCCAGGUUGAUUCAUGGUUUAACCCAACUCUUUGAAAGUAUGUCAGAGAGGGAGGAAUUUUCUAGAUUUUGUAAAAGAGUUGAGUACACGAUUCGAGCUUGGUAUCUUGUAAAAUUUGAAGAGAUGAUGCAAUUAUUCAACCUUUUCGAACCUGUUGCUGGAGCUCAUAAAUUGAAAGAGCGCAAUCUUUCUGAAGAUGAAAUUGAUGAACUUGAGCAGAAGUUUCUCGUUCUUCUAUUUCAGAUGAUGAAUAAAAGUAAUUUCAAGAUAGUAACGGAUCAAGAGUUUGAAGUUGCUGCAUCUGGGAGUUAUUGUCUAAAUCUUCAAAUCAAAGUUGAUGAAGAUAAGCUCGACUCAACACUUUUGAGGAGUUAUUUUUCCAAGCACCCCCAAGAUCACCUUCCUUACUUUGCUGACCAGUACAUGAUUUUCCGUCGCGGUUGUGGAUUGGAUCAAAUGACUGGUUACUUUAUUCAAUGGAAAGUUGAUGCACUUAUUUCACGUACUGUGCAAGGAUUCUUAAGAUUGACUGGUCUGAAAAAGAUCUUCUCAAGAAAAGGAAGAUUAUGGUAUGUGAGAAAUCAAGAACUUCUAGAAGGUAUAGUCACCGAGUGUGAAGAGGAUGAGUACGAUGAUAAUGAUGGUGAUGAACACAGCUUAUUAAUUGAAAGGAUUCGUGUUCAGAAUAUGGAUCUCAGUAUUUGCAACCUCUUCAGUAAAACAACAAUCCAAGAGCCAACCUUUGAGAAGAUUAUUAUUGUAUACCGAUUGCACUCUACUAAAGAUGGCAGAGCAAUUUAUGUGAAGCACUUCAAACACAUCCCCAUGGCUGAUAUGGAAAUAGUUCUUCCCGAAAAGAAGAGUCCAGGAUUAACUCCAUCCGACUGGGUUAAAUUACUUGUUUCAGCUGCCAUUGGACUGGUGACAGUUAUAACUCAGCUCUGCCAGACUAAAGCUAAUAUAAAAGUGUUGGCUACUGUCUGCUCUGCGGUAGUUGCUUAUUGUGCUAAGAUAUAUUUCACAUUUCAGGCAAAUUUGAAAGACUAUCAGAGUUUAAUCGUGCAGUCCAUGUAUGACAAACAACUGGACAGUGGGAGAGGAACUCUACUUCAUCUAUGUGAUGAUGUAAUUCAACAGGAAGUUAAAGAGGUCAUUGUUGCAUUCUUCGUGUUGAUCAAGUACGGGAAAUUAAGUCGCCAAGACCUUGACCAGAAAUGUGAGGAGCUGCUAUCAGACCAAUUUAACGAGAAAUGUAAUUUUGAUAUAGAUGAUGCUAUUCACAAGUUGGAGAAACUGAGCCUUGUUUAUAAGGAUGAAAUGGAACAGUACUCCUCCGUAGAUGUGGGAAAAGCUAAUGAAUUCAUUCGCAUUACAACAGAGGAAAUUGUUACAAUUGCAUGUCAAGGUGAUCAGUGAAGGCGAUAAGGGGAUCAAAAAAAUAGCUUGCCACCUCUUGCAGUAAACGCAUGCAUUGCGAUCUUGAUAUUUUAUCGGUUAGAUUGCAGCUACUGUAAAAUGCUAUUCAUACAAACUAACUCCGUAAGUAUGUAACAACUAACAACACAGUGACAUAAUUCAAAUGCCAACAUUUUUCUGUAAGCAAGUUUAGGAGUUUUCCUUUACUUAGUACAAUGCAUAUUGUCAUAAUUCAUAAAUAGGGAACUUUUUGGAAACUGCAGAUUUUCAUUGAGAA